AGGACAGGGGAGCUUCCCCUCCUACACUCAAGCAGCCAAAAGGCAGCCACUGGAGACGGUGUCUUCAGGCUGAGAGGGGCUCCCAGAGGGUCCUCAGUCAGAGCACGCGCACCAUGCUACCCUGCCUCACCCUGCUUCUCCUGAUAGGGCCGUCAGUAUGCAACACAACAGGUGACAGUGGAGAGGAACUGGCACUCAGCGCUGAAGCAGGGCCCUGGGUGACCCUGAUCCUAGAGGAGAUCCCUGUCCCCAGCAUUCAGCUCCAGCUGCAGGAGGGGAAGAGGAGCAAGGCAAACCAGUUCUUUGGGCUGAUGGGGAAGCAGGUGGAAGGAAUACCUCCCAUCCAGCCAGAGAGAGCAGGGUAUAAGCUGGGACAAAUGGCCCAGGCCCUCCUGAGCAGGAGGGGAUCAUCCAUGGAAGGACCCUGGAAGUCACCCCAACACCAAAUAGAAACGAGUGCCACAGGCAUGCUGUGCACAGGAAGCUUAGAAGCUGUUGUUUUUUGGAGAUGGAAAGCAAUUUGUUCCAAGUCACAAACACAGAGGAUGAGGACCCAGGUUCAGAGUGAGAGCCUCCAGAGGAUGCAAGACGUCUUCCCUGGAUCUCACUGCCCACUUUCUCCUCCCGGGGUCUUCGAUCCUGCAUGCUGGCAAUCCACACCAGCCCCACACUGAACUCACUGGGCUUCUUCCAGGACUCUCCGUGACAAGCUGUGGUACAUAGAUGCACUGUGGUCACCCUGGUGAGCAGGAGUGGCCCUGCCCUCCCCCCACAUGUUGUGCAUCACCAGAGCUAGCUUCACAGCACACAAGCAGGGACUCAAUAAAUGAAUGACCACUGAA